AUGUACGUCAAUGAUGUGCAGCAGAAGAUCUAUAUAGGUAGCAACCAUUAUGGUAUUUGCUGGAUGGUACUCCAGACUGCUACAAAACAUGGCCUUCUGGGUAUGAGCUUCACAAAUACAUCACCAUUGGUUGCUCCAACACGUGCAAAGACAUUGUCGUACCACACGUAUGGUGUCUUCCCCAGUUUGAGAUCAACAUCCAUGAAAGCUGAUAAUUUGCAAAUGCAUCUUUUCAACUCUUCAAUAUUGAUUAGGAGCUCUGGAACCAAUCCCAUAUCCCUUUCUGCUCCAGCAAAAGGAGGAGGCUUUGUGUUGGACAUGGCGACCUGUGUAGUGGCUGUGGGCAAGAUUGAAGUUGAACGACGUAAGGAGAACCCCAUACCAGAGGGCUGGGCACUGGACAAAGAAGGCCAACCCACAACCAAUGCAAAGGAGGCAAUGUUUGGAGCUCUCACCCCUUUGGGUGGUCCUGAGAUGCACUCUGGCUACAAGGGCUAUGGUUUGGGCAUGCUGGUUGAGAUCUUCUGUGGCAUUCUGUCAGGUGGUCACUAUGGCCCCAAUGUCCGCCGGUGGAUGCAAACAGAUCGGCCAGCAGACUUGGGACAGUGCUUCGUGGCCAUUGAUCCUUCGUUCUUUGCCCCUGGGUUUGAGGACCGAAUGAGUGACCUUAUGGACCAUUGCCGCACAUGGAACCAGUAA